UAACGCAACUCUGGAUUAUCGCGCCUUCGCUGAGAAGCUCCUUCUCCGGGGACUUUGGAAGAAACAACAGAGGAAUCUACCACCUCUGCCAGCGUUUGCUUCUCUCUAAAAAUAAUAAAAACAACCAGAGUUGUUCCACUGACACUAAAACAAUGAAAAUGUCAGCAGAGCAGAUUUCCGAGGUCCUGAAAGAGGGAGAGCUGGAGAAGAGGAGUGACAACCUCCUUCAGUUCUGGAAAAGGAAGACAUGUGUCCUGACCACGGAUAGCCUCAACAUCUAUGCCGACACGCAGAAGCGCACCAAGAGCAAGGAGCUCAAACUCCAGUCUAUCAAGAAAGUGGACUGUGUUGAGCGCACUGGCAAGUUUGUCUACUUCACCAUUGUUACCACGGACAAUAAGGAGAUAGAUUUUCGGUGCUCCGGUGAAGAUAACUGCUGGAAUGCGGUGAUCACCAUGGCGUUGAUAGACUUCCAGAACAGAAAGGCCAUUCAGGACUUUAAAACGCGACAGGACGACGAGAGCGGGUCCCCAGGACAGCACGAGAGCCGCAUGGCCAGAGCUCCCUGAAUUACUUUGGGAGAUUAGCUACCACACUCCGAAUAUGAGUCAGUUAUGGACCAAGAAGAACAGGAACUUGGACCAAAGGAAGACGUCACCCGGUCCGUGGAUGAAGGAUUGUUAAGGACAUAUCAACGCGUUCCCUUAGGAACCUCUGUCCUGAUGAGCUUCUAAAAGAGAAUUUAAAAUGCUCAAAACUCAAGACUGAAUCCUUGAACUUUCAAGUAUUUCAAAGUGCGCUUUUACCGAGGAGGGAUGCCUCCUGAAUGACAAUGCAAAAAUGUGUUAAUUUAUUUGUGUCAAGAAAUUGUGUUUCUUGGAUACAUGCUUAUGUUGUUUAAAUUAUUUACUAUUUCAGUGUGUAUUUAUUUUAAUAAAUAUUCAUACAUUUUUGAAGAAAAUGUGGUCCUAUAGCCCAGUGGUUCCCAACCGGUGUUCAGCAGCACGCUUGUGUGCCUUCAGGAACUCUCAGGUGUGCCGCAAACUUUUGUUUUUUACACUCACUUAUAAACAGAACCUGUUGAAUGCACAUGUGAUUUUGACUUGGGAGCACUAGUGCCGGUCAGAUAAUACAUGAAAUGGUACAUGGUUACAUCUGUAUAAUUGUUUCAAGUCCAGUGUGCUCAGGCUGUUGUUACAAUUGUAUCAUUUGAAGGGCACACAUCACAAGCAAAGUCAUUUGUAUAAUUUUACUUUGUCUGUGAAAAGGCUUAGACAGAGACAUAUAUUUCUUAUGGCUCUGGACUUAGCUAUACCACAGCCUCUGCCAUAGAAACAAACAAAGCAUGGCUUUGUGUCUGUGACUGCACCUUUGCAAUGCAGAAAACAGCUUGUCUGUAGCCCAAAUCGUUAAAAAACUAAAGACCUAUUUUACUGGAGCUACAAUUCCUUUCUGAGGCAGAUUUGCGAGACGCUCUUAAAGGGGUACACACAAAUGAACUAUCAUGAGUAAGGAACUAUCUUACUAUCUUUCUAUGGUAGAGGUAGUGGUAUAGCUAAGCCCAGAGCCAUAGGAAAUACAUGACUCUGGCUAAGCCUAAUCAGACUUUUCACAAGCAUUUCGCUACACCCUCAAUAACAUCUGCUAAACAUAUUUAUGCAACCAAUAACAUUUUAUUUUAUUUGAUUAAUUAUCAAAUAAAUCCUAAUUAAUCUAUAAAAACACUUGUCACAGAAAAUUUAUGAUUUUGCAGUUUGGAUCACCCAUUACGGUGUGCCACGGUUAAAAAAAGGUUGGAAACCACUGCUAUAGCCUAUAUUUUUCUCUCUCAUGUAUUGGUAAAUAAAUGUUAUGGAUAAAAUGUAGAGUGAUGUUACAUUGACAAAAAUACAGAUCAUCAUAUUAAUCCCCUUUUAAUUCUCUCUAUUAAUCAUAGCCUUUAUCCGUGAAAUCCUUUGUAAGAUUUCAAUUUGCAUUGAGGUACAAAUUGAGAUGAGAGUAAUAUAAAUGAAAAGAUCUAUAAAAUAUAUUUUAUGUUAUGUAUCCACCAAUGAAAUAUACAGUAACAGCAUGCUGUUAAAUUAUGCCAAAUCAUCACCCACAGCACAAUGGCUUCCUGAGAUACUACACUUAUGAGCAGUCUAUGAUAGGAAAGUCCCUCUCUUCUUUUAUCACAGGUUGCACCCUGUUUGUCACCUCCGGUCGUCAUGCUUUAUUAUACAUACUUUAUGACUGAUAAAGGUUGUGGUUUUACUAAACCUGUAUCAACGGGCCCUUUGAGCACAUACCUUUACUGCCAGGGUGUGUUUUACCCAGAGCCUGAAGGAAUCUGCGGGGGUGAAUCACCUAACGACAUGCGUGGAAAUCAAACAUACCUGGGGAUUAACCUCAGAACUAGAAUGAGAUUCUAUUUCUAGGAUUAAACCAAACCAAAUAUUGAUAUAGAAUAUGAAUCAUUACAGUUUUAAUGGUUGAACAUGCGGACAAUGUUGUACAGGUGAUAAGAGAACUUUCCCAAAGAUGCUAGUGUAGCUCUAGCCAUACCUUACCCAGCACAUGCAUACACACACACACACACACACACACACACACACACACGCACAGGACAGGGCAAACACAGGGAUGUGUAGCAAGGUCCACUUUACUGCCCUGUUAUCUACACACAAAAUGACCUGCCCAUGGUUAUCAUGUUGAGUUAGACACCCUGCUAUAGAAUGACUCACAAUGACUCACAAGAAGCCAUAAAACAGGGAAGUUAUGCAAUCUUUAUCCAAACACCUUAUAAGUGUAAAUUGGAACACCUGUGUAAAUGUUUGUGGUGUGCCUGUGUCGAAAUAAAGGAAACACCAACA